ACAGAACUAGACUAGACAGUUAAAAGAACUGCUGUAAAAAGUUUUGAGCCAUAAAAUUAUAGAAUAGCGAAGAAAAUCGUAUCCAAAGUUGAGUGUCACCACAAUAUAUCCUUUUACCCUAUUUCCCUAAAUCUGCACGUAAUUUCUAUACGUCCUCAUUUAUUUGUAAACGUACUCCGUCGUUUAUUUUUUCUAAACACAUUCUUUUAACAGAACGAAUCAGCAAACUCUUGCUGCAAGAAAUUUAAAAAAAUAUAUUAAAAGUAUAAAUAACAGAAGCAUUGACACAAAAUAUUUCAAAGAUGUUUGUUUUAUAUGAAACACCAGCGGGUUACGCUAUUUUCAAGCUUCUGGAUGAGAAAAAACUUAAAGAAGUCGACAACCUUUACCUGGAAUUUGAAACACCCGAGAGUGCCAAUAAAUUGCUUAAAUUGAAACAUUUUGAGAAAUUUGGAGAUACAACUGAAGCUCUUGCAGCUGCUACCGCUGCUGUUGAAGGAAAACUAGCAAAAUCUCUUAAGAAGACAUUGAAGAAGCUUGUCGAUGAUGAUGUUCAAAAUCAGCUUGCAGUCGCUGAUGCCAAACUUGGAAGUGCUAUCAAAGAUAAACUUUCACUACAAUGCGUUUCUAACACCGGAAUUCAAGAAUUAAUGCGAUGUAUUCGUUCACAAUCGGAAUCUCUUCUUGCUGGACUUCCUAAAAAAGAAAUGACGGCAAUGUCACUUGGACUUGCUCAUAGCUUAUCUCGAUACAAGCUCAAAUUCUCUCCAGAUAAAAUCGACACAAUGAUUGUUCAGGCUCAAUGCUUAUUGGAUGAUUUAGACAAGGAACUCAACAAUUACAUGAUGCGAGCAAGAGAAUGGUAUGGUUGGCACUUCCCAGAACUUGGAAAGAUCUUGACUGACAAUAUUGCAUUUAUAAAGACAAUUAAAACAGUUGGAACACGCGACAAUUUCAGUACAUCGGAAUUGUCUGAUAUUUUGCCUCCGGAUCUUGAAGAUAAAGUAAAAGAAGCGGCUGAAGUCUCAAUGGGAACUGAAAUAUCCGAGGAAGAUAUCAUAAACAUUGUACAACUUUGCGAUGAAAUUUUGGAUAUUCAUGAAUAUCGUACACAUUUGUAUGACUACUUGAGAACACGAAUGAUGGCAAUUGCACCAAAUUUAACUGUUCUUGUUGGUGAAACAGUCGGUGCUCGUUUAAUUGCUCAUGCAGGCUCUUUGGUUAAUUUAGCUAAACAUCCAGCAUCAACAGUUCAAAUUUUGGGUGCUGAAAAGGCUUUGUUUCGUGCAUUAAAGACGAAGAAAGAUACGCCCAAAUAUGGUUUAAUUUAUCAUUCAGCUCUUGUUGGACAAGCAAGCACUAAGAACAAGGGAAAGAUUUCACGUUCACUCGCUGCGAAAGCUUCUCUAGCGACACGUGUUGAUGCAUUUGGUGAGGAAGCGACAUUUGACUUGGGAACUGAUCAUCGUGCACGUCUUGAAACACGUUUACGAAUUCUUGAAGAAGGAAACAUGAAGAAACUUUCAGGAACGGGAAAAGUCAAAGCAAAGUUCGAGAAAUAUCAUGCAAAGAGUGAAGUUAAAUUGUAUCCAACUGAAGAAGACAACACAAUUCCAAUUGUCAUGGAGAAGAAACGAAAAUUAUCAGAAGGAAAGAAAUUGAUUGAAGAAAUUAAGGAUGAGCCUGAAGAUGAUGAAGCUGGAACUUCAGAACCACCGAAGAAAAAGAAGAAGAAGGUGAAGGAAGAGCCAUUGGAUGACAGUCAAGUUGCUGAUGAAACAAUUGAAGAAACGCCGAAAAAGAAAAAGAAGAAGAAGCAUCAAGACGCUGAUGAGUCCAUGACUGUUGAUGAGCCAGCAAUUGAAGAGACGGAAGCUCCAAAAUCUGAAAAGAAAAAGAAGAAGAAGAAAAAUAAGCAAGAAAGUGACGAGUAGAUUUUUCAACUUCUGAAUAGGAAACUCAGGUCUUAGAGUUGACAUCUCGGAAUAAAAAAUUAUUUUGUAAGAUAAAAUUGAUUUUAAUAAAAAACUGUUUCUUUAAUUGAAUAUUUUUGAAACAAAA